UCCAUCAGUUCUAUAGUAUGCUUUUUCUAACCAUCCUGCAGUAUAUUUUAGGACACUCCCUCCGAUCCAAACUAUAAUUCCAUUUAGAAUUGUUGUUGGUCAAACAUUUUUAGUUUUACCAUCAAUAUGUAAAAUAUCAUAUAGAUUGAUGACACAUCUGAAGAAAGAGUUGCUCAAAGAAUGCCUAUAAUUUACAUGUUAAAAAAGACCUCUUGGUCUCGAAUGCAAUUUAGUCAGCAAUAACUCCUCCAAAGUAGCUAGUAAACCGAAUGGCAGUUCUUACACAUAGGCCCAUUUUUCCAUGUACCCAUCUCUCAAUGCACUGCGUUGCAUGACAAUCGUCAUCCACCUUACUUUCCAGCAAGGAGAUUAGCGGCAGCUGACGGCAUCAGCUAAUGCACUGAUAUGCAUCCUUCCAUCCUAUAAAACACCCUCCCUCCUCCCACUUUCCCUCUCCUCUCUCCACUGGGCAAGAGAGAGAGAGAGAAAAGAACCCAACACACCAACUUACAUGCCCUGAUGCCCAGCUAGUGAUCACAAUUCAGAACAUCCACAGGCAACAAUAUUCCCCCAUCUUGUUCACGGAUACUUUGGAAUGUGCUAGCCUCUAACCCUCUCACUCUAGAUUCUAAUUCCAGUUCUAAAUUCUCUCAAAUGAACACUACAGCACACUCCCAUGCACAUAUAAGUACACCCCACCCCAUGGCCUUCCUUGAGACACCCACACGCCACAGCAGAGCACUGCACUGCUACUCCCUCAAGUAUCCAGGGACGGAGGAAGAAGAACCGAUGGUGAAGUUCUCCAAGCAGUUUGAGGCCCAGCUUGUGCCGGAAUGGAAAGAGGCCUUUGUGGACUACUGGCAGCUCAAGAAGGACAUCAAGAAGCUGCAGGUUGCCGGAGACGGUGUUGCGGCUGCAGCAGUGGCGUCGCCGACGGCAGCUCACUGGGUGAUGAGGUUGCCGUUCCUCCACCCCUAUGGGCACCACAGGGAGCCUGGCGCCAUUCAGGUGCACAAGAAGCUGGCGAUCGACGGGAGCAUCGACGGUGCGGUGGCAGGGGAGGUGUACGAGACGAAGGUGACAGGCCUCGGAUUCAUGGACACCGAGGCGGCCAGGGCGUUCUUCGAGAGGCUCGACCAGCAGCUGAACAAGAUGAACCGGUUCUACGAGAGGAAGGAGGGGGAGUUCCUGGAACGCGGAGAGUCGCUCAGGCGGCAGCUGCAGAUCCUCGUCGAGCUCAAGACCGCCGUCACCGAGCAGCAGCGGACACGGCGGUGUGGGGGGUCCUCGGCGAGGAGCGCCGACCCGGAUGAUCCCUCCGUUUCUUGCUCCAUCUUGCAUGGAGAGCAACCUCUUAGGGGAAUUGCAGAUCAAGAACAAGAAGGCGAAGAAAAGCUCACCAAAGAUGUUUUCGCCAAGAGCACUGAUGGAGGGGAGGACCAGCUCGCCAUCUCUCAAGGUCUUGAUGACUCAGGGAGGCUCGCCAAACCAAAAGAAGAGCCUGCCGGCAAGCUGAGGACACUCUCAGGGAGGGUGGUCACCUGCCAGGGCAGGAGUGUGAGGAUCAACAUCCCAGUCACCACGCCAUCGAGGACUGUCACUGCCAUACGCGAGCUUCUAUUUGCGGACAUGCUGAGGCAGUCGAAGGUGAUUGGCGCACAAGGUGGCGAUGGCAGUGAGAAGCUGAGCAUCAACAAGAAGAAGGUGCACCAGGCAGAGAAGAUGAUCAGAGGUGCUCUGGUCGAGCUGUACAAGGGAUUGGGAUACCUCAGGACGUACCGGAGCUUGAACAUGAUGGCCUUUGUGAAGAUUCUGAAGAAAUUUGACAAGGUUACAGCAAAGGAAGUUCAGCCAAUUUACCUGAAAGUAGCGGAGAGCUCCUACUUCAAUAGCUCUGACAAGGCAAUCAGGCUAAUGGACGAUGUCGAGGAGCUGUUUGUAAGACAUUUCACUGAAGGUGAUAAACGGAAGGCAAUGAAGUAUCUGAAGCCAAAUCAGAGGGAAGAAUCACACGCUGCCACAUUUUUCAUUGGACUAUGCACUGGUGGCUUUGUGGCAUUAUUCAUCGGUUACUAUUACACUCAGCAAUCGAACAAGGUGUACAUGUCAACAUCCUAUCCCGUUCUUAGCAUGUUCAGCCUCUUCUUUGUGCAUCUCUUCCUCUAUGGAUGCAACAUCUUCAUGUGGAGAAAGACACGCAUAAACUACAUAUUCAUAUUUGAAUUUGCACCUACUGAAGAGCUCAAGUACCGCGACGUGUUCUUGAUAUGCGCAACUUCCAUGACAAUUGUUGUUUGUGUAAUGUUUGCACACCUAACACUCAUUGUUAAAGGAUAUUCUUCAUGUGCAGUCCAAGCAAUACCAGGGUCCCUACUUUUGGUGUUCUUGUUAAUGUUGGUCUGCCCUUUCAACAUCAUUUACCGAUCAAGUCAUUAUCACUUCCUAAGCGUGAUCAGGAACAUCAUUCUGACCCCCUUUUACAAGGUUGUCAUGGUUGAUUUCUUCAUGGCUGAUCAGCUCUGCAGCCAGGUACCGAUGCUUAGGAGCCUGGAGUACUUGGCAUGUUACUACAUAACCAGAAGCUACAGGACACAAGACUAUGGUUACUGCACAAGAGUGAAACAUUUUAAAGACUUGGCUUAUGCAGUAUCCUUCCUGCCUUACUACUGGAGAGCCAUGCAGUGUGCAAGGAGAUGGUUUGACGAAGGGGACAUAAACCACAUUGUCAACCUUGGGAAGUACGUGUCAGCGAUGCUUGCUGCAGGAACAAAAGUGGCAUAUGAGAAUAAUAACAGUGCUGGAUGGUUGUCACUUGUCAUCAUUGUAUCAAGUAUUGCAACUAUGUACCAAUUGUACUGGGACUUUGUCAAGGAUUGGGGUCUUCUGCAAUUCAACUCCAAGAACACUUGGCUUCGUAACGAUCUUAUACUAAAACAGAAAUACAUUUAUUUCUUAUCCAUGGGUCUGAACCUUGUCUUGAGGCUUGCUUGGCUUCAGACUGUCAUCCACCCUAACAUUGGAAGCCUGGAUUCUAGAGUAACUCUGUUCUUUUUAGCGGCUCUUGAGGUGAUGCGACGUGGUCACUGGAACUUCUACAGAUUGGAGAACGAACACUUAAACAAUGCAGGGAAGUUCCGAGCUGUGAAGGUUGUUCCACUUCCUUUUCAUGAAGUGGAAGAAGACUAACAAAAUAGGGCAUCAAUGGAACAGUUUUUAGGGAUUCAGAAUACAGACAGUUCAGAUGGAACACCAACUAAUGCUAGAAAACAUGCACUAUACUACCAUAAUAUGAUUCAUUUUUUGGUGUGAGGAAUAAAGGGCAUCCCAGAUGGUCAGUUUGGAGAAGUUAUAUGCAAGCAACAAAAACUAUACACAUCGAAGAUGGAACAUAGGAGUUCCUGUAAGUCUUACAAGUAAGACUAAGAAUUGGUACAGAUACCAUCUAAAAAAAGAAUCGGUACUGAUAACGUGUGAGGUAAAUUGACUUCAUGAGAAAAUCCAAAGCAAUCAAAAGCAGCUUCUCAGCUCUACAAUUGUUCUUUUGGCUACUCCAUCCAUUUUGUAUUUUUUUUAGCUUGGGAAAUGUAAUUAUAAUAAUGGAAGUUCCAUCAUGCAUAAAUUACCUCAAAA